UAUGUGUAACCUCAUCGUUUGGAAUGGAAUGUAAAGGAAUACUGAGUUGAGAUUGGGGUUCAUCCUUACAGGUGUGAGUGUGCGUGGUGUUGCCCUUUUGUCAGCUCUCUCUCUCUUCUGCUGAUUUGAUUCGGACCCUCCUUUUCUCAGAUUACCCGCUCCACCUUGUCCUAUUUUAAGGCAAUGAUCAUCACUAUUCAGUGAGGAAUCAUCUGAAUGGGAUGUAAGAAGGCUCAUUAUGUCUGGACUAAUUGAUGGUCUUCCUGACGCUGUUGCGCUUCAAUGCCUUGCACGGGUUCCGUUCUCUCUCUACCCCAACUUGCAGCUUGUUUGCCGUUCGUGGAGAGCUGCUCUUCGUAGCCCAGAGCUUUUCAAGGCCCGCCGUGAGCUCGGAGCAUUAGAGGAGUUCUUAUGUGUAUGUGCUUUUGAGCCUGAGAAUUUAUGGCAGCUUUAUGAUCCUAUCAGAGACCUCUGGUUGACACUACCUGUUCUGCCCUCAGAGGUCAGGCAUCUUGCACAUUUUUGUGUGGUCUCCACUGCAGGGAAGCUGUUUGUUCUUGGUGGUGGCAGUGAUGAUGUUGAUCCAUUGACUGGUGAUCAUUACGGUAUUUUUGCAACCGAUGAAGUUUGGUCAUAUGAUCCCAUCCUCCGACAUUGGGAUCGGCGGGCAUCAAUGCUAGUACCCCGUGCCAUGUUUGCAUGUUGUGUGCUGGAAGGGAAAAUUAUUGUUGCGGGUGGUUUCACUAGCUGCCGAAAGUCCAUCUCUAAGGCUGAGAUCUAUGACCCAGAGAAGGACAUUUGGGUUCCGAUUCCUGAUCUCCCUCACACUCACAAUUCAGCAUGUUCUGGGGUGGUGAUCGACGGCAAGUUGCAUGUGUCGCAUAGGGGGCUGUCGACAGUGCAGGUCUUGGAAAAUGCUGCGUGCGGUUGGGCAGUUGAAGACUAUGGGUGGCUGCAGGGCCCAAUGGCAGUGGUUAGAGGGGAGCUAUAUGUGUUGAGCCAUGGGGUCAUAUUCAAGCAGGGCAAGGAGCAAAGGCUACGAAAGAUGGUGGCAGCAGCACCAGCAUCAGCUUUGGACUUUCAAAGUAGAAUUGGGUUUGCAAUGAUUGGAUUUGGAGAUGACCUUUACAUGAUUGGAGGGGUGAUUGGUCCUGGCAGAUGGAAUGUAGACAUCAAACAACUGUCUGAUGUUGAUGUCCUUACUGUUGGAAUUGAGAGACCAACUUGGCACCAGGUCUCCCCUAUGACGCAAUGCCGUGGCACUGUACUUGGGUGUGCGUUGUUGAGGAUAUAAUGCUGCUUUGUCUCCACAUUGAUGAGAACUAGUAGUAGUGCUGCUACUGUGGGUUUCAGUCCCCAAUUGGAAGGAGGGGUUGGGGGGAAGAGGAAGGGCCUUUAUACCCAGCUUCUGUUUUUCAGUUUGUGAACAUCAUCUUGUUACAUUUGAUAGACUCAGAUAUUUUCUAAGAGGAAUUGCCAUUCAGUGAGGCUACAAAAUAUUGGUUGAUUGACUGGGUGCACUUGGGGUAACAAAAAAUUAUAAUAUAUCAGUGAAUUUGUUCUUUUUAUUGGGUAA